UCAGGAUGCCCGGCACGCACGUGCAUUGACUACUUGUUUGUUGACCAGUUUGUUGUGAUUUGUCUCAGAUUGGCCGAACUAGUCUCUGACAGGUCGUUUAUAAAUUGUUCUCUGGUUUACUGCACUUAGUAUCUACCGUAAGACAUCCACUAAAUGCAAAGGAAAUCCCAGAAAGAGCCUACUUAAAACAUGUGGGUGGCCUGCCGGUGCGGAAGAUCGCAGACCAAGCUGAAGUACAAAGUUGUAUUUUUGUACGAAGAUCUUUAGUAAAUUGCGGUGAAAUUCAUGAUGUUCUACGUUUAAGCUGAAAAUGCAAGACGAUUCGAGUUUCCGUAAACGUGAAUUGAAUCCCUCAAAUUAUUGAAACUUAUCGACGAGACUGUAUGCAGCUGCCAUGGCUUCCGCAGUUCGCGUCAACCAACUUUACAACCGCAUCCUCGGUCGCUUCCCCCGUGAGAUUUCGUUAGCGUUCGCCUAUGGAUCUGGGGCUUUUAAGCAGUUAGGAAAUGAUAACAAGGAUAACAUGCUCGAUUUCAUCUUCGUGGUGGACAACCCGGAGGAGUGGCAUCGGAAGAACAUCCAGGAAAACCGGAAGCACUAUUCUUCAUUAGCAGCCCUGGGCCAUGACAGGAUCGCAGCAAUCCAAGAUAGACUAGGGGCUGGGGUCUAUUUCAACACUCUUGUCGAAUGUGAAAGCAGGCUCAUAAAGUAUGGAGUAGUGAAGACUGACACCCUUGUACAGGAGUUAAUCAACUGGAAUAAUCUCUAUCUGAGUGGAAGACUUCACAAACCAGUUCAUGUAAUAAAGAGAAUGCAGAACAGCGCCCUCUAUAAUGCUAUGCGGAGGAACCAACAGAGUGCCGUCUACACAAGUCUGCUGCUCUUACCAGAACAAUUCUCAGAAGAAGAACUUUUCAUCACAAUAGCUGGAUUGUCAUAUUCUGGGGACUUUAGAAUGGUCGUUGGUGAGAACAAGAACAAGGUUGCCAACAUUGUCAAGCCAAAUCUUCAAACAUUUAGGAAAUAUUAUCAUGAUAUGAUGGAUAAUACUGAGAACACCCAUUGGAACAAGCAAAGUAGCUCCAUAGAGCAAGACUGCAGCCCAGCUGCCUUGUUCUCCCACAUGAGUGCAUUACCAAAGAACCUUCAGCGUCAGAUCUGUCGGUUGGAAGGGUCAAAGACCGAAGAUCACUUGGAUGUACUGAGGAGGUUAGCCCGAGAUAGGCAAUGCAAGGAGUAUAUCCACAAAGGUGUCCAGAGGAUAGUUGCAACCUCAAGUCUUUCACAGAGCAUCAAAGGAAUAUUUACUGCAGGAUUUUCAAAGACUUUGACAUACAGCAAACAAAAGCUAAUGAAGCAGUGGCAAGGAGGACGUAAGAAGAGGUGACAGUCAACUGAUGCACACCCUUGACUUUGAGGAUAGAAUAUUUUUGUCCUUCUUGUAAGAUCAUAUGAUUAGAGCAACAAAUUAAAAACUUGUUUUGAGAGGAAAAGGAAAAAUCAGACAAGUUGAGAGGUGAAAGUUUGAACAACAUUGGACAAUAAGGAAGUUAUGAAUUUUUAAAAGUUGUAAAAAAUUGAUAAUCACUAUACCCAUGAAGACUUCAAAUUGGCCGCAUAUGUGAUGUCAUAGUGAUGUAAGGCAAGGACUACAGUUCCAGGUGAUCCAAUACAUGAAAUAGCUGAAUUAUUUUUUUUUUCUGAAGUUUUACUUCAAAUUAUAUUUUUCUGUCAUGAGGACAUGAAAUAGUAUGUUACCUGGGUUAUAUUUGGAUUACGGCCCCGGGGGAAUGAGUACUUUAGCGAAAACCACAAAUCCCUGAUUAAGUACAUGUAAAUACAUGGCCUAUGGGAAAGUUUUCCUUGUCCCUUGUCAUAAUUUACUUACCAAGUUGCCAAUAUGAAAUCUAUUUAGUUUUAGGUAUCUCAAUUUUAAAGCAGCCAUAACUUUCUUACUGCUUGUCUGAUUUCUUUCAAACUUCCACCAUUCUGUUUUAUUAAUUUUUCUCCUUUCCAUCAAUCUCCUUUCCAUCACAACAUUUUAGGACCAAGGCUGGAUUCCCCUUUAAAAACAAAAACAUAAAUUAAUGUAAAAUAAUAAAGACUCGAUAGAUGGUAAAGAUAUAGAUUUGUUUGAUUUAUUCAUUUGAUAAGUGGAAAAAAAAAUGUAUUACACAUUAUUUAUUAGCACAUUUUCACGUAACAGUCUCGUACAUGGUACAGUACAAAUUGGCAAUGGUAUAUUUGUACAAAAAGGGAAGUAAAAAAACAACAUCACCUUUUCUGCAUCGUACCUAUUCUUUCAGGCAAAUUCCCAUUUUAUAAGGAUUGGGCAAAUUAAUAUUCAGAUAAAAAUUAUUAGACAGGUACAUGCACAUGAAUUGAUAUUGUGAAAUUGAACCAUGGUUUAAUAACACAAUUAUGGUGGGCUUGAUAAAUGAAUGCAAAAUUACAUGAUUUGCUAGACCCUUAAAAUAAUAAGGUCACAGAUAUUUCCACUUGAAUUUUAAAACAAACAAAAACAUUAAAGAUAUUGCUUCUGUACCAACAUAAAUAAUUACAAUUUUAAUACAUAAAAUACUAUAGUACAGUGAAAUUGAAAUAAAAUCUAUCGAUUAUUUUCGUAAUUCAUUCUGCAAGUUUAAGGUUCUCAUUUAUGACUGGAGAUUUGCUUCAGAAAUUACAAGCAACAUAAUAUAUGGGGCUGUUCUCUUUGUAGAGAACAUGACUUUACAAAAUUUUGAUAGGAAUAUGAAGUGCUAAAAUAUUUCCAGACUUUUACAGAUAACGAGACUGUUCUGUCAUUAAAUCUACUCAAACUAUGCUGCAAAUGUGAUACAUAGCCGUACAAAUCACUGGUUUCACGCAAAGUGUGCCUUAUUAAGCACAUAAUCACUGUUCCUGAAAGUGAUGGGCGAACUAUCACGAGGCAAGCUGGAUGUAGCUCUCUUUCCGAAGCGAAUAUGAGGAUAGAUAGCGAGUACACUCAGCUUGCCGAGGAAGUGAUAGUUUGCCUCUUCACCUGAAAUCAAGAGGUGAUUACAUGCUUCAUAUUCCACAUCAGAAACCCAUAAACAAAAAAAACAAACAAUAGCAAUACGAUUCUACAAGAAAAAUUUCGAAUCAAGGUUUCCUUUGAAAAUAUAAAGCUUGUUUUAAUGCUAUGUAAACUGUACGCAAGGAUCUAGAUCUUGCUCCAUCAGAAUUUAUUGUGACCUCACAAAGGAAAUUUCACAGUCACAAUAAAACAAUCGAGGGGCAAUGCACUUUCAUUUUGCACAAAGUUUUACUGCUCUCGCAUAUGUAGUCUGCACUGUGCGCAUGCAUCUAGACCUUACGCAAUCAUCAUUGCAGGUGAUAGAGAACAAUGGAACCAAAAAAAUCAAGUGGCAAAGACCUCUUUAUUUCGCGCGUACUCAAACUAAUAUUACACGUUAUGACUCUAGAGGGCCGUCUGCACCAUCCUGAGUUUUCAAAUUAGCGCGCUAUUUCUGAUCUGGCAAAUUAUCCUGAUCUGAACAAUCUCGAGAUCAUUUGUAAUGGAGACGCAAUUAUCGCGCUAGUUCGUAGGAUUAAUCUCGAGAUUGCAAUCCCAAGUCAACUUGGGAUUAUUUGCAAAAUAGCACGCUAUUUUACGAACUAUCGCGCUAAUUCGCAGGUGCAGACGCACUCAGGAUUAUUUAUUCACGGCGUCAGACCAUAAUGCAUUGAUGCCUCGCUCAAGCAAGAAAUGCUCUUCUUGCGAUGGUGGAGACGGGGUUUCUUGAAUCUCGAGAUUAAUCGCGAAGAGGGCCGAACGGGCUAAAAUCUCGAGAUUGAGCAAACUCGGGAUGGUGCAGCACCGCCUUAUAGGAUGGAAAGAUCAGCAGAACACAAUUCCAUCACUGCGAGUGAUGAUUGAUGGGGAAACUACCCUUUAUCACGUGACUGACUUCUGACUAAUCCGAUAGCAAGAUUUUUAGUAUGCGGAAUAUAAUGUGUAAUAUCUUGUUCCCACUAUCGCACGAUUCGUUAUGAUUGGCCUCUCAUAGCUGAUCGCUAAUAGUGUUUGAGCUGUCAAUUUUUUUUUCUACAAUCAAAAGGAUUGCCACGAUUUGAUGCAAUCACUACUGUAACUCCACGCUUUAUACCAUGAUUUCUAUCGCAUCGCGAAUCGUGACGGGUGGGAACUAGGUAUAAGGUUUCCAAUUAAGAAUAUCGAAUUUUAAAAACAAUAAUUCAAUGGGUUUUUUUAGUCUGAGGAGAAAAUUUAGAAUUUAGAGAAUACAGACAGUAAAUACUGCACACUGUCAUGCUUCCCUUUUAGAGCAUAUGGGCUUUGCAGUUUUUAGAAAUAAUGUCUUUAACUCUUAAUGUGCCAUUCACUGUAAUCAGCAAGUGCCACUUUUUUCAGAGUCUAUAUUUAAAUGUUAUAUUUAUAAAAAAAGAGAAUCACUCAUGAGACAAUAGUGUUAAACCUCUUGACCAUAAGCUGAACUGAACAAUGGAAUCACUCAUGCAUGCAAUGCACUCCUCAAAAUGCAAUAGGCAUAACAAUAGCUGUAUGACCAUUGCAUGAAAAUGUGUUUGUGGCACUCCAGUGGAUGCACAGAUAUGUGUUCAUGGCACGUUAAUAGUUAAGGAAAGGGUGCAUGCAUCACAUGUACUGUACAUGGAUGGGAUGCCAAACAGAUUUGCUAUCAUGCCAAAUUUAGGUUAAAAAAAAUCAGAAGUCUGGCAAUCAAUUACAAAUUGUUGAUUGAUUACUGGUCUGUUUCUUCCAUCAGGAAGUAUAUAAAUAGAUUUGCUUUAAUUGUGAUUGAUCUGCCAAUUGUAAUUUUGAAACAUAAAUUUGUAAUUGAUUGCAAACAUUCUCCAGCAACACCACCUUCGACACCAUGACAUGCCAUAAUUCUAUUUGGUCGUAAAGUCAUGCGUAGCUUUACGAACAGCUUUAUGACAUGGUAUGUUGUUCAGACAUACAAUAGCCGUACAGCCUCUGUAUGACUCUGUCUGACUUUCUAUGAUGCCCAAUCCAUGAAAUGGUACGAUGACUGUACACCCAUAAUCAUUGCCAUACCCACCUACGAUGCCAUAAAAAGAUUGUAGACCAUCCGUUGUACGAUGAUCGAAGCAAACAAAAAAACGUGGCAUAAUCUUGUCACUUUCUACACACUUUGCAUUUCCUCACUCCAGAAUCUCCCAUAUAAAAAAUCUCAUAAUUUCUGCAAACACAUUUUGAUCAUAUUUCUCAGUCAAAGCAACUGAAAACUCUACCUACCCAUAAGAUUUGUUUUCAAGUCACCACCUUGUCUCUGAGUAAUAAUAAAUAUUGCUAUACUAUCUACAAAAGUACUCUAUUCUAUAUAUUUGCAUGCAUCAUUUGAAAAAGCAAUGAUAGAAAUGUGUCAAAAUGGCUGACUGAGAUAAAUUUUGUGCACACACUAACAUCAAUAAUACACUGUGUGAGUCGAAAGUCAAUUUAAUGAAAAAUAUUUGUCAUGAACACAUGAACACUGUGCUGCACUCGACCCAGGUGAGGUGAAUGGGUACCCGGUAGGAAGAAAUUCCUUGAAUGCUUUGAGCGCCUAGGCAGCCCAGCUAAAGCCGGGGUAAUAAUAAUAGCAGGGCCCACUGGGAGAACAGUUUUCGGAACUGAAGUGGCUUCCCUGGGUAAAUAUACCUAUAUUAUUAUAAAACAGACUUAUUGUAUACGACCUGGGGGGGGGGGUAUUUCACAAAGAUUUUAAGUAUGACUUGAGAGUUGCACUUAAAUAUCCGUUGCGCCACUUGCACGCGGUAUAUAAGAUUCACCGCAUUGGUCAUGCACACUUGACGCACACUACUGCGUAUCCAUCAAUGAGAUUAAGCAUUAAAUAAAAUGUGUGCGUUGGAGCAUAAGCAUGAUCGACUCUAAGUCACGCUUAAAGGGGAAGUUCACCCUGACAAAAAUUUUACUGUAACAAUAGCAGAUAAAAUAAUGACAUUUGUGAAGAUUUUGAGGGAAAUUCCUCAAAGAAUAACGUUGUUGGGAUUUCUUUUGAUUUGUGACGUCACAUGCGAGCAGCUUUUCCACGUAUCGAAUGGUAAAAAACCAAUGAAAUGUCAUUUUCUCAGAAAAUGACAUAAAAAAUAGUUUUUAUUGUACCUUCAGCAUACUAAUAGACAAAUCAUUUCACACCUGCUCCU